CACAGCACUGAUAUCAGGACAAGGCUAAAAAUAGGAAAGGAAUAUGUUAAGACCUUCACAUUUAGUUGGUCUUGCAGUUUGUCUACCCUUGAGCAAUAUUUCGCUGCAUCUGUUGGUUUAAUGCAGUCGGUGAAGUUUUACUGAAACACUCUGCUGUCAGAUAAAUAGGAAGCACGAGACAAGUUUGUUGAUUUGCAGACAGCAUUUUUUAUAUGAUCAAUGUCAUCACAAGAGAAAACCAAAGUGGUGCUGCUGGCAUGUGGGUCCUUCAACCCCAUCACAAACAUGCACCUGCGUAUGUUCGAACUGGCUCGGGAUCACCUCGAAGACACUGGAAGAAAAAAAUUGUUAAAAGCAAAAACCCCCCAAUUUGAAAAAACCAACAAAAAGAAAGGUCUGAUUGAAGCCAGUCAUCGGUUAGAGAUGGCUAGACUAGCCACGCUGAACUCUGAUUGGAUCACAGUGGAUGACUGGGAGAGCCAGCAGCUGGAGUGGGUGGAGACAGCCAAAGUAGUUCGGCACCAUGCAGAACUUAUUUCCAGCGAGAACAACAACGAUGAUGUGGAUACAGUGAAGUGUGGGAAAAGGAGAAAGCUGGAGCAAAAUACAAUCAUCUGCCAGAGCUCUUCUUAUAUUAACACAAAAGAGGACCCCCCUCGCCUGAACCUCCUGUGUGGUGCUGAUGUGCUGGAGUCAUUUGGUGUCCCCAACCUUUGGAAGCCGGAGGACAUUGAGGAGAUUGUGGGUCGCUACGGUGUGGCGUGCAUCACCAGAUGUGGCAGUGACCCUGAGAAGUUUAUCAAUCAGUCUGAUGUGCUAUACAAACACCGUAAGAACAUCCAUAUGGUUCGGGAAUGGGUGACCAAUGAGAUCUCAGCCACCCAUGUUCGCCGUGCCCUACGCAGAGGACAGAGUGUCCGCUACCUGCUGCCUGACCCUGUGGUGCGCUACAUUCAGGAACACAGUCUGUAUAGCGUUGAGAGCGAGCAGAAGAAUGAUAAUGCUAUCCUCGCCCCUUUUCAGAGAUACACCAGCGCCAACUAGACUGAUGUUCUGCUGCUUUUGAGCUAGUUUCUUGUUCUUGUAGAACUUGAAUGACACUUGAUCCAUUGUUCAUUUUGCUUCCUUGAACUCAUUUGGUUGUGAGUGAUUGCUUUACAUUGUAUCAUGAAUGAUUCAGUAUGAGAAAUAAUAUGAUACAUUUUGUAAAAUAUUUUUUGAUUUGAUUUGAAUGAAGAUUGAUGCAUUCGUAGAAUUACUUUUAUUAUAGUUCACUGCCAAACAUAGAAAAUCACUUUUAGAAGAGGAAUUUUUAUCAAUUAUUUCUGAGUUUCAAGCUCACUGUUUGCCUCCAAUAAAUGUUCUUCCAUUUUUGGGUGCUAAUAAAUGAAAAAUCUGUUUACAAUCA